UGCACGAGCACAAAGCUUUAAACUUUACCUAUGGGUUUUGUUUUGGAUGGGAUCCCUUUCGAAAAGUACACAGUUUUCCGUACUCAAAGCUGUACAGGUGUCCAUGCGAGAUGCCUUAACUAAGGCCCGAAAGUGAGAUAAAGUAAGAAAGAAAACGAAGAGAAAGAGAAAGAGAGAGUGGUUCAUGUGAUGUUGGGUGCUUGAGUUGAGCUACUUCUUUUUGGCUGUUGAUUAGAUUUUGUUUUAGUGUUGUUUGUUUCAGUUGUCUUCACUAUCAAGGCCUAUCAAAGCCAACAAAGAAGAAAAAAAAAAAAAACUGAGGAAAGUGGUCGUCUUGGAGUCUGGUUUUUCAGCUUUAAGGGAAUAAAUGAUGAGGUUUCAUCACCGGAGUCAUUGUUAUCAUCCUCUUAGACGAGAAACAAUUGCUGGGUUAUUUUUGUUGCUUUUCCCAGUUUUUUUGCCUUGUUUGUUUACUCCAUUCAGCCAUGCCUCCCCUUCUACAUUCUCGGAGUGGAACGUUCCUAAACCUAAACAUUUACCUUUACUCAGGAGUGCCUUACAGCGUGAAAGUUCCAAUGGAGAGCUGUCUGAUCUCUGGGCUCCUUUGGCUGACCACGGGUGGAGACCAUGUCUUAGAUCUGUAAAUGCCCCUUCAGCAUUGCCACAGAAACCUGAAGGAUUUCUUCAGGUAUUUCUUGAUGGGGGACUCAACCAGCAAAGAAUGGGGAUAUGUGAUGCUGUUGCUGUUGCUAAAAUACUGAAUGCGACACUUGUGAUUCCACAUCUUGAAGUAAAUCCUGUUUGGCAAGAUUCAAGCUCAUUCAUCGAUAUAUUUGAUGUGGAUCACUUUAUUAAUGUAUUGAAGGAUGACAUUUCAAUUGUCAAAGAGCUGCCUGAUGAAUUCUCUUGGAGCACGAGGGAGUAUUAUGCCACUGCUAUUCGAGCCACCAGAAUUAAAAGAGCACCUGUUCAUGCAUCUGCAAACUGGUAUCUUGACAAUGUCUUGCCUGUACUACAGAGUUAUGGGAUUGCUGCCAUUUCUCCAUUCUCUCACCGUUUGUCUUUUGACAACUUACCGAGUGGGAUCCAGCAACUACGUUGUAAAGUCAACUUUAAAGCACUUGUUUUUGUUCCGCACAUUAGAGCACUUGGAGAUGCCCUUGUCCAUCGCCUCAGUUAUCCUCCUGGUCAAAGUGAACCGGGUAGCACUAACUAUCUCAGGGAGACAACCGAUCAAAAUGACAAACAAAGGCCGCAGAAAUUUGUCGUGUUACACCUUCGGUUUGAUAAAGAUAUGGCUGCCCAUUCGGCAUGUGAUUUCGGUGGAGGUAAAGCUGAAAAAUUAGCUCUGGCUAAGUAUCGACAAACACUUUGGCAAGGGAGGGUUCUCAAUUCUCAGUUUACCGAUGAAGAGUUGAGAAGUCAGGGGCGUUGCCCGUUGACUCCUGAAGAAAUUGGACUGCUUUUAGCAGCUUUGGGCUUUGACAAUAGUACCCGUCUUUAUCUUGCCUCCCACAAGGUAUAUGGUGGGGAAGCUAGGAUUUCCACCCUACGAGAGCUGUUUCCACUGAUGGAAGACAAAAAGAGCCUUGCCUCUUCAGAGGAAAGGGUCCGUAUAAAAGGAAAGGCUUCUUUGUUAGCUGCAGUUGAUUACUAUGUUGGUAUGCAGAGUGACAUCUUUGUCUCAGCUUCUCCAGGAAAUAUGCACAAUGCAUUGGUGGGACAUCGAACUUUUGAGAACCGGAAGACCAUAAGACCAAAUAUGGCUUUGUUGGGCCAACUCUUCCUUAACAAAAACAUUACUUGGUCAGAAUUCCGUGAGGCAGUGGUGGAAGGGCAUCAAAACAGACAGGGGCAACUCAGGUUAAGGAAACCAAAACAAUCCUUAUAUACAUACCCUUCUCCUGAUUGCAUGUGCCAAGCUUAGACCCCUAAAGAUCAUUUAUAGAUAUUAUGAAGGAAAGUGAGACUAUCUUCUGUAUCUAUUUGAUUUUAUUACUGCAACUAUUACCAUUGGUAUCAUAAAUAAGCAGCAAUCCUAAUUUCUCCCCUUAGAUAAAAGUAUCACAUCUAGCAUUCUUACUAGGUAUUGUGCAGUGUAAUGAUGAUGGCAUUUAUAUCGAGAGUGGGGUUGUUAGCAUCAAAUUUAUUGUGAAUCCUAUUGAGUAUGGAGUGGAGUAUGUGUCGUAUAUUUCAUUGGCAGGUCUCAAUAUUGUUUGUUGUAUAUCUCUGCCAGUGAAGCUGUCUUGUACAACCUUCAUGGUGUCAAUAUUACAUAAAACAUCAAUGCCUUUGGCAAGAAGCUGUCUGUACAACCUUCAUGGUGUCAAUAUUUCUUGGCAGUUGGCAGCAUUAUAUCUAAUUCAAUAUACUGGUAAUUGAAGUUAUGUACAAUCAUGAGGCUGUUGUCCUGGUGCCAUGGAAGAAACCAUUCUUGCAGAAGUAGCUUUAUUUUUGUACUUGCAAACUGAAUAUGGUGUUGCCCCCCGUUGACACUUGAGAGGAAAGAAUAACUUUUGCAGGGAACAUGGUUAUGGACAGCACUUGCUUGAUGCUUUGUCCAUUCUCGUUAACAAAUUUUCCACUGGUUGCACUACAGAAAGAUACA